AUUUUUAGGUUUUUCUGCAAAACAAAAAAUCAGUCCUUCUUCUUCACUUUGUUACCUUCUUCGCUGCAAAAUCGACCAAAGUUUUCACCGUCCGAUUAACCGGAGAUGGAGUCUUCUCCCGAUCCAGGUGAUAUGAUCGAGUCAGCUCAGCCGAGUUUCGUUGAGUUUCAGAAGCAGACGUCUCUAAUGACGAGCUGCAAUCUUCUGUGGAAGGAGCUCUCUGAGCAUUUCACUUCCAUGGAGCAGAAUCUGAUGAAGAAAUCUGAAGCUUUGAAACAGAUGAUUGAAACCCUAGAUAAUCAAACGCAGAACUCGAUUGAGUUACUCAAGCAUCGUGAAGUGACUAUAGACCACAGCGUUGAGAUCGCGGCGGGGAAAGUUGAGGAACGAGCUAGAGCCGCGUUGGAGUCACUGGAGAAAGCUAGAGCCGCGGAUGAGGACGAUACCGGAGAGGUUGACGACGGCGACGGGAUUCUAUCGGCGCUGAAAUCGCUUUGUUUGAAGAUGGACGCGAGAGGAUUCUGGGAGUUUGUGAUUGCGAGGAAGAAGGAGUUGGAGAAUCUCCGGUCACAGAUUCCGGUGGCGUUGGUUGAUUGUGUGGAUCCGCCGAAGUUAGUACUUGAAGCUGUAUCUGAGGUUUUUCCGGUGGAUAAAAGAGGCGGUGGAGAGAAAGUGAGCAAUGAUUUUGGAUGGGCUUGUGUUGUGAUUCUUGAGAGUUUGAUUCCAGUUAUGGUUGAUCCAGUGAUGGGGAAGUCUCGGUUGCUUGUAACUCCGAGCGUUAAGAAGAAAGCUAAAGAGAUUGCUGAGACGUGGAAGGCGAGCUUGGAAGAGAGAGGAGGGAUUGAGAAUGUGAAAACACCUGAUGUUCAUACGUUUCUGCAACAUCUUGUGACAUUUGGGAUUGUGAAGAAGGAUGAUCUUGCUCUUUAUAGGAAGCUUGUGGUUGGUUCAGCUUGGCGUAAACAGAUGCCUAAGCUUGCUGUUUCAGUUGGUUUGGGUGACCAAAUGCCUGAUAUGAUUGAAGAGUUGAUCUUCAGGGGACAACAGCUUGAUGCGGUUCAUUUUACUUUCGAAGUUGGUCUUGUAGACAAGUUCCCUCCUGUUCCUUUGCUCAGAGCUUAUCUGAGGGAUGCAAAGAAAGCAACAGCUUUAAUCACAGAGGAUUCCAACAAUCCUGGCCGAUCUGCGCAUCUUGUGGCGCGCAAGGAGCAAUCAGCACUCAGAGCAGUCUUAAAAUGCAUAGAAGAAUACAAACUCGAGGAAGAAUUCCCACCCGAGAAUCUCAAGAAGAGGUUGGAACAGCUAGAGAAGACCAAAACCGAGAAGAGAAAGCCAGCAGCGAUUCCCGCCAACAAGAGAACCCGAGCAAGCUACAAUGGACCAAUGCCACCAGCCAAAGCAGGGCGUAUCACAAACGCCUACGUCUCCUCCUUCCCACCGCCUCCACCAACAUUCAUCAGAUCCCCAAGCCAUUCACCUCAGUACGGUGUACCAGCAUACACAUCCCCACCUACCAUCUAUAGCAACAGGAGCCCUCCAUACCAAUACUCACCCGAGGUGGUUCAUGGGUCAUACCAAACUUCUCCUGUCAGUUAUCCGGCAGCAUAUGGUACCUACUGCAGUCCGGUGGCUGCUCCACCCCCUCCAGUUUACCAUCCUCACCCGCACCACCACCACCAUAUUCAGCAUGCUUACUACUGAUUAGACAAUGACAAAGGAAAAAGAAGAUGGUAAGUAACCCAACCACUGAUCUCUGGUGUCUACGUUUUGUCUCUACGUCGUUUUGUUGUAAUCUCUCUUUUGUUAUAUCUUAAAAUUUGUAGCUAACACUCUCACUCUCUGGCUCUGAAUUAGUCUACCCUCUUGUGUGUUUAUUAAU